AUGGCAGUUCUGGCCGCGGUGAGCGCCGGAGCCGGGCAGGGCAAGGAGUACCCCGGCGGGCUCACCCUCUACGUCCUCCUCACCUGCGCCGUCGCUGCCACCGGGGGCCUUAUCGUCGGCUACGACAUCGGCAUAUCCGGCGGCGUGACAUCCAUGGACGCAUUCCUGCACAAGUUCUUCCCGUCGGUGUACCGCAAGGAGCAGACGGCGCGGGGAGGCGGCAGCAGCCAGUACUGCAAGUUCGACAGCCAGCUGCUUACCGCGUUCACGUCGUCGCUGUACCUGGCGGCGCUCGUCGCCUCCUUCUUCGUCGCGUCCGUGGCGCGCUCCCUCGGCCGGAAAUGGUCCAUGUUCGGCGGCGGCGUCUCCUUCCUCGCCGGCGCCACCCUCAACGCCGCCGCGCAGGACGUCGCCAUGCUCAUCGUCGGCCGCAUCCUUCUCGGCAUCGGCGUCAGCUUCGCUGCUCUGUGCAUCCCGAUCUACCUGUCGGAGAUGGCGCCGCACCGCCUCCGCGGCACGCUGAACAUCGGCUUCCAGCUGAUGAUCACCGUGGGCAUCUUCUCCGCCAACCUCGUCAACUACGGCGCCGCCAAGAUCGAAGGCGGCUGGGGCUGGCGGCUCAGCCUCGGGCUCGCCGCGGUCCCGGCGGCCGUAAUCACCGUGGGCUCGCUGUUCCUCCCGGACACGCCAAGCUCCCUCAUCCGCCGCGGCUACCACGAGCAGGCGCGGCAGGUCCUCGCCCGGAUCCGUGGCGCCGACGUCGACGUGGCCGACGAGUACGGCGACCUCGUGGCGGCGGCCAGAGAGGCGUCCGGCGCCGUCGACGUCAGGCGCCCGUGGCAGGACAUCCUCGGGCGCAGGUCGUACCGGCCGCAGCUCACCAUGGCCGUCCUCGUGCCCUUCUUCCAGCAGCUCACCGGCAUCAACGUCAUCAUGUUCUACGCGCCCGUCCUGUUCAAGACGAUCGGGCUCGGAGGGGACGCGUCGCUCAUGUCGGCGGUCAUCACCGGGCUGGUCAACAUCGUCGCGACGUUCGUGUCCAUCGCCACCGUCGACGGGCUCGGCCGGCGCAAGCUCUUCUUCCAGGAGUUCGGGGCGAGCGGAGACGGAGCCGCCAUCCCGAAGAACUCUGCGGCCACCGUCGUGGCGUUCAUCUGCAUCUACGUCGCCGGCUUCGCGUGGUCGUGGGGCCCGCUCGGUAUCCUGGUGCCCAGCGAGAUCUUCCCGCUGGAGAUCCGGCCGGCGGGGCAGGGCAUCAGCGUGGCCGUCAGCAUGCUGUGCAACUUCGCCGUCGCGCAGUCCUUCCUCCCGAUGCUCUGCCACUUGAGGUUCGGGCUCUUCUACUUCUUCGGCGGGUGGGUGCUCGUGAUGACGCUCUUCGUCGCCAUGUUCCUGCCGGAGACGAAGGGCGUGCCCGUUGAGAAGAUGGGGGUUGUGUGGAGGACACACUGGUUUUGGGGAAGGUUCGUCACUGAUAUGGACGGCCGUGAUGAAAACUGCGACUCCGCCUUCCACAAGGGCAAUGGCAUUGCUGUUAGAGAGCCGUAG